AGCAUCACGUGCGCGGACGUGACGGCCGUGUUUUGUGCCGAGCCGACGGAUUAUUCACGCGCCAUUUGACAGUUAUGCCGUGUACAGUAAUGACUGUAGUGCAUCACAGUGUAACGUAGUGAUCGUUGCUGCCAAUAAACACGUGAGGAAUUUGUCAUAAAAACUCAUUUAGGAAAGCGUAAAGUGAUAACAGGGAGGCGGGAUGCGAGAGUAAAAACAAUGUGUACAGCCGUAUGAUUGAAUAUAGCAACAAUCUCUACGUUACAUUUACAAGGAAUAUUUAAUUCGAGACUUGGUUGAAACAAGAAAUACUUUUGAAAGUGUGUGUGCAAUGCUGACAAGUACUAGCCGGUGAGUGUGAGAGUGUGCGUGCGAUGGCGCGGGGUGCCGUGUUAUCGUCGACCAUUUUGGUGUCAAUUUUAUCAUUAUUGGAAACUACGUUUGCGCACUAUACACCUACAUGGGCCGUCCACAUACCGGGAGGGAAGGAUGCUGCCGAUGCUGUGGCGAGAGACCACGGGUUCGUCAACUUAGGAGAGAUAUUCGACAAUCACUACCACUUCCACCACCACGCUAUCGUGCGGAGGUCAAUAACCCCUGCGCACGACCACCACGACAAGCUCGAAGGAGACAACAGGGUGCGAUGGGCAAAGCAACAGCGAGCCUUGUCCAGGAAGAAGAGAGACUUCCAGGUUUUACCAGACUCAUAUCAUUCUACAGCUGAAACUACGUCAUCUGAUGCGCCCACGCCGUCGGCAGCGUCGAAGCGCGACACUAAUUCGAGACGAGAGCUCCAACCGUCACGGGUGAAGGGACGGCCAAGAGCUGCAGACUCCAAGUUUCAAUUGAACGACCCAAAAUGGCCUCAUAUGUGGUACUUAAAUCGAGGAGGUGGUUUAGACAUGAACGUGAUCCCAGCAUGGCGGGAAGGCAUCACGGGCCGAGGCGUGGUGGUCACCAUCCUGGACGACGGUCUGGAGACUGAUCAUCCCGACUUAGUCGCCAAUUACGACCCCAUGGCGUCAUACGACGUGAACUCCCACGACUCGGAUCCGCAGCCGCGGUAUGACAUGAUAGACUCCAACCGUCACGGCACGCGCUGCGCCGGUGAGGUCGCGGCGACGGCUAACAACUCGCUCUGUGCUGUGGGCGUGGCUUAUGGGGCUAGUGUUGGAGGAGUACGCAUGUUGGAUGGUGACGUCACAGAUGCCGUGGAAGCCCGCUCCCUCAGUCUGAACCCUCAACAUGUGGACAUAUACAGCGCUUCAUGGGGCCCUGAUGAUGAUGGGAAGACCGUUGACGGACCAGGGGAACUGGCUACUAGAGCUUUUAUUGAAGGUGUUACUAAGGGUCGUAACGGCAAGGGUUCCAUUUUCGUAUGGGCCUCAGGAAAUGGCGGACGGGAGCACGAUAACUGCAACUGUGAUGGCUACACCAACUCUAUAUGGACGUUAUCAAUAUCCUCGGCGACGGAGCGCGGCGAGGUGCCUUGGUACUCAGAAAUGUGCAGCUCCACAUUAGCAGCUACUUACAGCAGCGGCGCCAUUAAUGAGAAGCAGGUGGUAACAACAGACUUGCAUCACUCGUGCACGGCGGGUCACACCGGGACAUCGGCGUCUGCGCCCCUCGCAGCAGGCAUCUGCGCACUGGCCUUGCAAGCUAACAGGGAUCUCACUUGGAGAGAUAUGCAGCAUAUUGUGGUACGCACGGCGCGCCCCGAACGUCUCAGCAUAGGCGGCGAAUGGCGCGUGAAUGGCGUCGGUCGCAAUGUCUCCCAUUCCUUCGGCUACGGUCUACUGGACGCAGCCGGUAUGGUGCGCCUUGCCAAGACGUGGCGCACGGUGCCACCGCAGCGGAGGUGUGAACUGGCAGCUCCCAGACCACAGAGAAAUGUACCGCCAAGGGCUUCUGUUACGCUGCAGCUGGACGUAGGCGCAUGCCCAGGAGUUAACUACCUGGAGCACGUUCAAGCAAGGGUUUCCUUAUCUGCUGCAAGACGUGGUGAUCUGCGCAUCGUGCUGACUUCGCCUGCUGGCACUAAGGUCACUCUGCUUGCGCCCAGGCCGCACGACUCGUCUCGCGCCGGCUUCAACUCGUGGCCUUUCAUGUCUGUGCACAUGUGGGGCGAGUCACCGCUCGGCUUCUGGCGACUAGAAGUCACCAACGAAGGACGAUACAUGGGGCGAGCAGCGUUGCAAGAUUGGUCUUUAACUUUAUAUGGAACUAGCACGCCUGCAGCUAAAAACGAUCCCAUACCGUUCCGGAAUCCAAUUAUACGCAACAAGGGCAACGCAACGCGACCUAUAGUGGUGCAGGCGGGCCGCAAAAACAACAGAGGGAAACCCAUGCCGAUAGUGCCCACCUACACCGUGGGGCUGGUUAAGCGGAAAAAGAAUAAAAAUUCUAAGAAUCCAAAUAGGAAUUCGCAAAAGUCAAAACAGAGUAGACCGGCGACUCGUUCGCCCAUCGAGAGCACGACGGCGCGGGUGACGACGUCGACGGCGGCGGACCUGAGUCUGAACCUGCGCGCCGACCUGGCGGAUCCACUGGCGGACGCGCGCGGCCGCAAGAUGUCCAGCCUGUUCGAGCAGUACCCCAAGAUACAGCGCAUAUACCCCGCGCCGCUGCAAGCCCACGCGGGUCCACUGACCCAGUGGGAGCUGAUAUUCUACGGUACUGAGACGCCGCCUCAAGAGUACGAUGCGUCUCCCGAGACGAAUUCAUUGAGCGGAGGUGUGGCGGCGGUGGCGGGUACCGGCGCGGUGCUGAUACCGCCCGACGCCGCGCCGGGCGGGGGCGUGACGUCAUGGAGCGGCGCGAACGAGCCCGAAUCCGUCGAGGAAGUGAGACAGAACGCUCUCGACGACGACCUCACGCUCGUCUGGCACUCGCACACGAUAAGCGAAGACAGCCCUCCCGAGACGGUGGACCCCGGCAACGCGGGCCAGUACACGGGCAACUCAUCGGGUUGCGCCACACACGUGCCACAAUCGCUUCACUGCCUAGAGUGCGCGAAGGGCUUGCAUUUGUACUCCGGUCGAUGCUACAAACGUUGUCCGGACGGUACGUAUGCCAGUGAGAUUUCGAUGGAACGCAGCUCAAGAAGACGUAACCUUACAUAUUUUUCGGAAGGCGCGAUAAUGAAAAGGCAGUACGGGGACGUGCCUAAGCAGACCGCGUUAGAAGCUUUAGAUAUGGAGGCUGCGGCUAACGAGAGCGCCAAGCCCCCUCUCACGUGCCUUCCGUGUCAUUACACAUGCGCCACGUGCGUGGGCCCUCACAACAAUCAAUGUUUGUCGUGUUUAGACGACGCUCAACUCUUCAAUUUAACCGACACCGAGCCCAAAUUCUACUGUUAUCCGAACACGGUGCUCUCGCAAAUAAAGGACGCUAAUUGGCAUUAUAGGCUGAACGUUGCUCUCGUUGUUGUCCUAUUUGUAGUCUGUACUGUCAGUGUUUACUUCCUGCUGUCGUGUGCCGUGAAAAGGUACUGCUGCGGCGGGUAUUACAAGCCAAACGUGCUCUAUAACAAACUAGCUGUAGAUGAAAAGUUGCAGAGCGCUAUGGAAGUCGAAGAGGAAAUACAUAAGGCUCUAAAAGAUUGUAGCGAGAGCGAAUCAGAUGACGAUUUGAAUUUAUAGCAAUUGUUAACAUUCCAAACUAAGUAUUAUGAACUCGUCGAUCAAGUGACAGUUAGUGAUUAGGUUUCUAAAACAAAUGCAGGGCUCGUGUUGUGAUAUUUGUCAUUCACCGUCACAAUAUUUUAGAAUGUAAAUGAAUUAGUAUUAGUUCAAUGAGAUUCAAUUCGUACAAACAUUGAGGUUAUUUUGAAAUUAUUCCAAAGAGCUGUAAAACUCUUGAAUGUUUUCUACAAACUCUGUUCCUUUACUUUUGGAGCUUCUAUUUCAUGCGGUUGUUUUACUAUUAAUAUUGGUUGUGUCUAUUUUUAUUGGUAUUUUUCAAUUUUCUUUCUUAAUUACUUUUUAGAUAAUUAAGUAAAUAGAGUAUUAUGAAACAUUCCAUUCCAAAAAUAAUGGUUAAAAUCUUUUGAUCUUUAAAUUAUUUUCGGUCCCCAUAGCUAUUGGUUGUUGGGGUGCUUUUACUUGUAAAAGGGGCUACAAUUCACCCCACUUAGAUGUCGAUAUCAUUUCCCUAAUUCAAAUAAUUGAAUCGGCUCAAAAUCUUGCUUAUUUUAUUUUCCCUUUAUUUUCUUUCUAACUUAGUUUGUAAGGCUUGAGAUUCCCUCAAAGAGACUCAAAAUAAUUUUAAUGCCGAUUGUUUAGUUUUACUUUUUGACUAGGUAAUAUGAUGACGUCAUAAUAAUCGCGUAAUAUUAGCUUAGGUGUAUUUGCUCAAGAUGCCAUUCAGAUUGUUUGUGUAGUGUAGGUAUCAAGCCCUUUGGUGCCGUGUAAAUAUUUUGUAUGUAAAUAAACGAGUUCCUAUUUUCA